AAUUGUGGUAAAAAUAUCGUUCCAAUUCGAUACAUUCUUUACUUGACAGGAAAAUCACUUACCAACACCAUUCUGUUGACACAAGAACUCUACUCUUGAGAAAAAAAUGUGUGCUUGUGAAUCUAAUUUGACCAACAGCAAAAAACAAAUGGAAAACGCUGUUAAAAAAGAGGUAGAAGGCUCAGAUGUGGAAACAGACGAGAAAUUUGAAGGUAUCACAGUGGAUGCCGCAGAUCAGCAGCUGGUGGCUUCGUAUCGGCGUUACAGUCCAGAUCUUUGCACUUCGUUAAGCGACUCGAGCACCGAUUCUUCUGAUACCAGCAACAGCUGGGACUACAAGCGACGCGGCGUUAACAACAAAAAACUUCACAAGAUGCGUGCCGCCGCCAUGCGUUUACCGAAAGGACCAUCCCUCUCGCCCAACGCAAGGACAAGUUCAUCAAGCUCUCCAUCCAGCCCAGGUGGAGCUGACGCUGAGCCGGAAAAGCCUAUCAGUCCCCCAUCCUGUAAGCGGCUGAAGAUCUCGGACAUCACUUCGGAAGCGAGUGCCCCGAAUGUGGGCACAAAAUCAGACGCCCAUCGGAAAAGACUGGAAGUGUUUAAGCAGAAUCUGCGUGUGGUCAAUGAACGGAUAGCCAAGAAGUAUUCAGAGCUCAACUGCAGCGGUGUACGUGCUGCCCCCGGUACCAUCCGGCGUCUUCGUGGAGGUGCCUGUGUUGGCAUCAAUAAAUUUGAUGACAAUCCAAAAAAAAAUCCAGAAACAAAGACUGAGGAGAAGAGCGCAAAGAAGAACUAGAACCAGGACAUUCUGAAGGAUGUCAAAAUCAAGGAGGGUGGACACUCAAGAUGGAGUGGGGAAAGCACCAACACUACUGAACAGCACUGAAUGGUUCUGCAUUUAAUCCAUAAACAAAACAUACUCUAGAAUACUACGCAAGGCGCCGUCGUAGGACUUUAACAUUUUUUUUGGAAUUUUAUUAUAUCUAAAUCAAUUAUACACAUGUAACAGCACUA